AUAUUUGAAAAUAGCAAAAUAGUUGUUUAAAAAUAGCUAAAUGGAAAUAGCUGGUUAGACAUUUGAUUAAGCACAUGCAGAUGUUAACAGUUUGGUAAAGUUCACACCUUGGGGUUGAUUACACGGGAAUAUUAAAUGUUAAAUGGCAUCUCAUGCAGAAAUGCUGAUGCAGCAUGUUGCUCUGUGUUAUAGCUGGGAUGGCAUACUCUAUCAAAAGAACAAGUUGCUUGUGUAAUGACUUCCUCUCUCUAUUAUGUGUGUGUGUGUGUGUGUGUGUGUGUGUGUGUGUGUGUGUGUGUGAGGCUGAACUUCUCGAGUGCGGAUUUGCUGGUCGAGCGCAUGCCUCCCUCUGCCUGGCUCCUUAUAGUGCCGGGCGGGAGGCAGGAAUUCUGACCGAGUGGUACGGACAUCGCCGCCGGAGACCACAAACACGAAGCUCUCCCUUUAAACAAGGUCUCAUGAUCUCAUGAUCGACAACUCUUUCAAUCAGUUGUCCUUGCGUGGAGGAUCAGGGCGAACGCACUUAAAGCAAAGCGCGUGAGUGACAGUGACAGUGACAGUGAUAGUGGAGCUGAACAUCAGGAGCAGCGGACACUCAAGGAAUCCAGAGGACGAGCCUGCAGAUUUUGACCUGUUGAUCAUGCAUCAGCUGUCUGUGACUUCCCUGAUCCUCUGUCUGUGGCUGCUGGAGCGCUGUCAUGGCAACAGUAGCUUGGGCAACAGCCUCAAUGAUCUACACACACAGUUUGGCGUCAGUCUCUACCAAACACUCACAGAGACAGAAAACAACUCCAACCUGAUCGUGUCUCCAGCCAGUGUCUCGUUGUGUCUGGGUCUUCUGCAGCUGGGUGCCAGGGGAAACACUCUAGCACAACUUGAGGGAACUCUGGGAUACGACGUGAAUGAUGCUCGAGUGCAGGACAUUCUGUCUCGGCCACAAGGAGACCUGGGUAAUUCCAGUGAGGGGGUGCGGCUUCAGCUUGCCAAUGCCUUAUUUGUCCAGAGUGGUGUGAAACUCCUGCCAGAAUUUACCCAGCAUGCCUUGGGAUGGGGUAACAGUAGUCUACUGAGUGUAAACUUCAGUAAUCCAAACCACACUCAUAGUCGGCUACAGCAAUGGGCACGUUCCCAGAGUAAAGCUGAUGACCAUCUCCAGACAAGAGAGGAGCAGCUUCAGUCCAGUGAGGCCCAGGAAGAGGCCUCCAGGCAAGACAGUUUACUGCAUAUGGCUCUUCUGAGCACAGUGGUGUUUCAAGGUGCCUGGCAGAAACAAUUCCUCUUCACUGACACUCAGAACUUGCCCUUCAGCCUCUCAGAUGGCAGAACAGUCAAAGUCCCGAUGAUGUACCAGUCAACCGAAGUCAAUAUUGGGCAUUUCCGCCUGCCUUCAGAGCAGGAGUACACGGUGCUGGAGCUUCCGUACCUGGAUCGCUCACUCAGGCUACUGGUGGCCUUACCUAGUGACCGGAAAACCCCUCUGUCCCAGCUGGAAAAGCAGCUCACGGCCCGUGCUGUGGGACUGUGGGAUACUGGAUUAAGACGCACUAAGAUGGAUAUAUUUCUGCCCAGGUUUAAGAUGCAGAGCAGGUUCAAUCUGAAGCCUGUUUUACAGUCUCUCGGUAUCUCUGAUGUCUUCAGUCCCUCAGCUGCUGAUUUUAGAGGCAUCUCAGAUGGGGAAGGGCUUUUUGUAUCAGAGGCUUUCCAUGAGGCAAGAAUAGAAGUGACAGAGCAAGGGACAAAAGCAGCUUCAGCUACAGCAAUGGUGCUAUUGAAAAGAUCCCGUUCAGCAGUUUUUAAAGCAGAUCGACCAUUUCUCUUUAUCUUACGGCAGAUCAGUACAGGUUCAUUGCUGUUUAUAGGUCGAGUUCUAAAUCCAGCCGAGAUGUCUUGAGAUGAUACAUGCAAUCACAACUGCUUCAAAUGAUAAUCACACAUAGGUGGAUACAUUUGCAUGAUUUUGCCAACUUAACUCACCCCUCCUCCCUCAUGGGUGGGGGGUCAGAGGGAUAUCUGAGGACCGUUAGGAGGGUCCACUGAUGCUUCAGGAAGAGGGACGAGACUUUUGUACAUAUCUGUAAAUAAAAAAUUUAUUACA